GCUUUUUUAUUCAUUAUGCAAGCACUUGACUUGUAACAGUUCACAGAUUGUAUUAAUUAUGCAGUGGACAGUCUGAUUGCAGAUGAAGGGAAGAGAUCUCGUACAUUGGAAGAAUGUUUAAGUUUUGCAGUUUCAUGACCUCCCUGAAACCAUUUGUUAGUUUUCGUAUGUGUUUUCUUCUGAUGCUACUUCACAACCUGAAUCUGGGCUGCCCUAUCUCCUGCCAGCAGUGCUCAGGAACUCGAGUAGAGUGCUGCAGCCUGGGCCUCACAUUCAUUCCCAGGAACUUGUCUCGCAGCACAGCGGUAGUGCACCUGAGUGGAAAUAACAUCUCUCGUAUAUGUGCUGAGGAUUUAAGGAGGCUGAACAAACUCUCUGUGCUUUACCUGGACAACACAGGGCUGCUAUACAUUGAGGACAAAGCAAUGAGGCACCUUCACAAACUAUAUUAUUUAUACUUGAAUGACAAUCAGAUAGAACGAUUGGAGCCAGAAACUUUUAGAGGACUUUCAGAUCUUCAUUAUCUAUACCUUCAUCAUAAUGAAAUACAUUUUAUUCCAGAUGGAAUGUUUGCUGACCUGAUUGCUUUGCGUUAUCUGCAUCUUCAAGGGAACCGUCUUAAAAAAGUUGGAAGUGGCGUUUUUUUGGGCAUGACCAGUCUUAAAAUACUUAAUCUUGCAAAUAAUAGGAUUUCAAGGAUCGCCAGCUCAGCAUUUAUGAAUCUAGGGAAACUUGAGGUACUGUACCUCAAGGGAAACAAUCUUGGCCAAAUUGCAUCUGACGUCUUUGCAGGGCUUGGGAACGUCAAGCGCCUAGACCUGUCAAAUAAUCCUCUUGAAUCUGUGCCUCCUUUUGCUUUCAAGGGGCUGGAAAACCUUCAGUAUCUCUCCGUGGAACAUGCGAAAAUAAAACAUAUUGACAAAAAUGGAUUUGCUAAACUACCCAAUUUGAAACAGUUGACCUUAAGUCAUAAUAAUUUGAAUUGUAUUGGCUCAGACGAUUUUGCUUUAUUGAGGCAACUGAGGUACCUGCACUUAGACAGGAAUAACAUAAGUCACAUUGGGAAUGAGGCCUUUGAGGGAAUGGCAGCAUCACUCAAAGUCCUAAAUCUAGGCCAAAAUAAUCUGAAAUAUAUGCCCUCUGCUGUACUUCAGCCUUUGGUCUCACUUAUCCAUGUACAGGCAACUAAGAAUCCCUGGAACUGCAGCUGCCAACUACUUGGAUUGCACAAUUGGUUAGUGUCUUCCUCUGUUAUGAUGAAUGUUCAUUGCCAACAUCCACCACAACUGCAGGGCAAAUUAUUGCGCUAUGUUAAUCUGAACAAAUCUGGGGUUUGUGCUGUCCCUACCGCCACCAUCAUCCCUGUGGUAUCUUCAACAGCAAGUAAAUCCAAAAGUUAUUCUGUGCUUGGGGGUGAAGCAGUAGAACAUACAAAGCAAAUGACAACUGCUGUGGCGCUGCAAAUACCGGUCCAGCACCCACCUGUAAACCUAACUACUGAAAACAGAAGUCCUGAAGGUGAAGAUGCUCCUGUCUCACUAAAACCUUUACUGCUUUGCGAGCAAAGAAUCACUAAGCUGAACCAGGAUUUUGACAUUCUCUUAGUAUUUUUCGUCUUUGCGUGUGUACUGAUUUUAGCCAUGUUGUAUAAAUUGCUCCAUCUUAAGCAUAGGCUAAAAAUGGUGGAAGGGGAGAAUGUGUUGGAAUAUUUCAGUUUCUAUCAGUCAGCACACUACAAUGUGAGUCAACCUGCCUCGCCUCCACCAAAUCUUCUACCAGCAGUUGCUCCAGAUGUGGUAGGAAACAGCACAGCAGGUCAGAUGGGGCCCUUCAAACAAAACAAUAAUGGAAAUCAGACGCAAGUCAUUCUGUUUGAACAUUCAGUUCUAUGAUUGUUUGAUCUGGACUGACACCAUUGAAGGCACUGUCCUGGGAAAUAUUCCAUUAGUAUAUAAAAGCUAUUCAUUUAAUGUUGCUAUUUCAGUUCGUAGUUCUCUAUCAAUAAUACAUUAUUAUUAUUAUUGAAGCUAAUUCAAGUUAUUGGAGCCAUUGAAAUGAUUGACGGUGCCCUUUGUACCUCAAAGUAAUAUAGCAGUAUUUACUGUACAAUGUUACAUUACAUUUUAAACAAUGUUUUGACUGAUUAGAGUAUAUUUUUUUUGUUUCCCAAAGUAUUUUUUUAAACUGCUAUGAUAAACUUAUGAUGUCUGCAUUCGCCCAUUUCCCUUCUUGGCAGUCUUUAAUAACCAAUUUUUUGACAACCUGUAUAAUCAACUCCAUUGUGCCCCUUCAAUUUGCUCUACAGAGAAGCUUACCUAGGUGGUUUGUGAAAACUUUGUUUUUAAUGCAUGCAGCUAAUAAUCAGGCUGCUUUUGUUGCAGAAGGGGACAGGGGAAAUGUACUCUCAUAUAUAUUGUCAUUUUUCAGUGGCAGUAAUUAUUUAAUUGAAUACAUUGUUGUGGACAUUCUUAUGCUUCUGUAUCAUCAACUUAAAUUGUAAAUAUAAAAUUUGAAACAUUUCUGUCAUUUCACUAACCCACCAUUGCAAGACACGUUGAACGGUGACAUAUGUUUAUAUAAGCAGGUGUUUUAAAGCCAAACACAUAGGCAUGAACAAGGUGUGACUUGAGGAUUGCAGUAUUUUCACCAUGUGCUUUGCACAGAGAGCCUUUUUUCAACUCUCAAAGCAGAACAGACCACAUAGCAGAUAAGCUCUUUGUUGAUGCGUACAGCAAACACUAUAGCUAGACAAGACCAUAAUCUGACACUUGAGAAAGAACAAAGAAAGGGG